AUGCCGGUAGUGACAACUGCUCAGCUUGUAAAGCUACAAUCGCGCACAGAAAAUAUACGAAACAUUUGCAUUUUAGCACAUGUUGAUCAUGGAAAAACAACACUGUCUGAUUCUUUGUUGGCCUCGAAUGGAAUAAUAUCUAGUAAGCUUGCAGGAAAAGUGAGGUACCUUGACAGUCGAGAGGACGAACAAGAAAGAGGAAUAACUAUGGAAGCAAGUGGUAUUUCCCUCUAUUUUCAAAUUUUACGUAAAGCUAUGGAAGGAGAAGAAACUAUAACAAAUUCUGAUGAAUAUCUGAUAAAUCUUAUUGAUGCUCCUGGACAUGUCGAUUUUUCAAGUGAAGUAUCGACAGCAUCCAGGUUAUGCGAUGGCGCUUUAAUUCUUGUCGAUGCUGUCGAAGGUGUUUGUACACAGGCACAAGUUCAUUUAAACAAAAUUAUUGAACAAGUUAAUGCAAUUGUGGGAACUUAUUUUGCUGGCGAUGUGAUGGAAGAAGAAACAAAAAGGCACGAAGCUGAAAAAGAAAAACUCUUGCAUCAAGAAAAGGAAUAUGAAUCUACGAGUUCCAACGAAGAAAUAUUUGAGGAACAUGAUGAUUCUAAUAUAUAUUUUACACCCGAGUCUGGAAACGUUAUUUUUGCUAGUGCUCUUGAUGGUUGGGCAUUUAGAAUCGAACAAUUUGCUCAAAUAUACGCAGCAAAACUAGGUAUUAAAGAAUCCAUACUUCGUAAAGUACUCUGGGGUGAUUAUUAUCUCGAUCCAAAAACGAAGCGUUUUUUAAAACACAAGCAUCUCAAAGGGCGACAAUUAAAGCCAAUGUUUGUUCAAUUUGUUCUGGAAAAUAUAUGGACAGUUUAUGAUUCAGUAAUUAUAAACAACAAUCGAGAGAAAAUUGAAAAGAUUGUCAAAAGUCUCCAAUUGAAGAUCCUACCAAGAGAUAUGCGUUCUAAAGAUACUCGCACGUUACUGACGUCAAUUUUCAAUCAAUGGCUGCCUUUGUCAACAGCUCUUCCAUCGCCAAUUGUCGCACAACCGAUGCGAUUACCACGAAUGCUUUCUAUAGACAUUAAAAAAAAACCAAUAAAUGAAGUUGAGCAUGGAUUAUUUAGUUGUGAUGUCAGCGAUUCUGCACCCGUCGUUGCGUACGUAUCAAAAAUGUUUGCUGUACAUUCAGACAUGUUACCGGAAAACAGGAGGAAACAAUUGUCGGCCGAAGAAUUAAGAGAAAAGGGGAGGCUUCAAAGAAUAGCACGGUUACAUUCUUCAAAUAUUCGUACCGGAGAAGUGACAGUUCUAGAUACAACUGCUUCAGAUAGUGAUCAUAGCGAGAUUCCAAUAUCUGAAUCAUUGGAUGCAUCCUUAGAACAAUUGCAUAUUCAGUCUACAAUAGAUUCAGAAGAUACAAUGGUCCCUGAACAAAAACCCACCGGGGAAACAUUCAUAGGAUUUUCUCGUCUUUACUCUGGCACCAUUAGAGUUGGUCAAAAACUUUAUGUUCUUGGACCCAAGUAUGAUCCUGCUUUUCCUGAUCGACAUUGCUCUGAGAUAACAGUUAAAAGUCUAUAUUUAAUGAUGGGGAGAGAAUUAGAGUCUCUCCAAGAAGUACCAGCUGGCAAUGUUUUUGGUAUCGGUGGACUUGAAGGCCAUAUAUUAAAAAAUGGAACAUUGUGCAGUACAAAAGAUUGCAAAAAUCUUGCUGGUGUUACAUUAGAGUCUGCGCCAAUUGUUCGAGUAGCUCUGGAGCCGACAGAUCCAUCUGAAAUUGAUAAGCUUAUUGAAGGACUUCGUUUGCUCAAUCAAGCUGACCCAUGUGUUGAAGUUCUCGUACAAGAAACCGGUGAGCAUGUCAUUUUAACCGCCGGCGAAGUACACCUUGAGAGAUGUUUGAGGGAUCUAAAAGAACGAUUUGCAAAAAUUGAGAUUCAAGUUUCCCCUCCAAUUGUACCAUUCAGAGAAACGAUUGUUCCUGUGUCGGAACUUCAAUCAAAUAAAGAUAAUACACAACGCGGUGUGGUGACACUUUCUACACCAAACAAGUAUUGCACUAUUAAAGUGCGUAGUGUCCCACUACCCUCGAAUGUUACUGCCUUCCUUAACCAGCAUGCUGUUACCAUAAAAUCUAUUCUGGAACGGCAACAACGAAGUAAAAUUGAUUCGCACACCACAGAAGAAUAUGAAGAUGCCAUUAAGGAGGUCGCUAUCAAAGGAGAAAAUAUACUAGAUGCCGAAGAUUUUUCCAGACUUCUUCAACAUGAAUUUGACAAGGCAGCUGGCAGCGAAAUUUGGAAAAACGUAGUGAAAAAAUGGCAAAAAUAUUUUAGCGACACUAAAAUGUCUGGAUCAUUGUCAUCUGAUAUCAAUGAAGUAAAUUUAGAAUUUAUAGAAGAACGUAAAUCACUUGAAUUAUCAAUUCGUGACUUUGAAGAGGGUAUUCACACAGGUUUUCAGCUCGCAACUAAAGCAGGACCUCUUUGUGCUGAACCAUUAAUGGGAGUGGCGUAUUUCUUGGAAGAUUUUACAAUAUCCAUAGAUGAGAAUGUUGAUAUAUCCGAGGUCCGACCAAAAUUAGGUGGAUAUGUUAUAACAACAAUGAGAGAUGCUUGCCUUCAAGGAUUUCUUGAUUUGUCUCCUAGAUUGAUGCUUGCUAUGUAUUCUUGUGAUAUUCAAGCGACAACUGAAGCUUUAGGUCGUGUAUAUGCUGUUAUAUCUAGACGUAGAGGUCGCAUUAUAUCAGAUGAACUAAAAGAAGGAACUCCGUUUUUCCAAAUAAUUGCAUUGCUUCCAGUUGUUGAAAGUUUUGGAUUUGCUGACGAAAUCAGGAAGCGAACUUCCGGUGCAGCUAUCCCACAACUAAUUUUCAGCGGGUUUGAAAUGUUAGACGAAGAUCCUUUUUGGGUACCAACAACCGAGGAAGAGCUUGAAGAUUUAGGAGAAAAAUCAGAUAGAGAGAACCUUGCAAAAAAAUAUAUGGAAAACGUGAGGAAACGCAAGGGAAUGUUUACGGACAAGAAGAUCGUUGAACACGCAGAAAAACAACGCACACUUAAGAAGAAGUAG